UUCACUAAUUUAUGACACUUGUGAUUAUGCCUUGACCGUGCAUGACGUAUUUUACCAUGAAGUCAUGCACGGCAAGUGACCAACCUUGCGCGUUGUCAAUGUCUACUUGUAUGCUCAAUGUGUACGUGGUUCCUUCUGUAGAGAGUUCGUAUGCAGGGCAUGAUAAUAUUCACAGUGCAACAAACUGAAAGCAGCAUGCCAAUUCCUCAACUGCGGAUAUCCUUCAGCUUGCUCGACGAAUAGAGUUAUGUUUCUACGCUGUAACAUUCUAUGUCAUCCCCUUGUUUUAAAUAGGGCACUUGGAACUUACCCAAGAUGUGCACAUUUUUUUGCAGUGAUCACGCAAUAUACCUGUUCUCCAUUUGGAAAGUGCGCAAUGAGCAAUAAUAGCUUCUGGGUCUAAAAAUACGAUGGAUGGUCACUUGUGUCGUGAGAAACACUGACCAUACAUCUUUAGUACACCCUUGUGUACAGAAAUAAUGAUUUUUUAUGCUAAACAGUUUCCAAUCAUUCCAACACAUCAGGCAAAAAGGACUGAUGAGGCAACGAACAAGGACAGCCAUCGAUUGCCGAAAAUCGCCACCGGUGAUCUGUCCUGCCAAGUAAAUCUUGCCACAAUCUCAACCUAUGCACAGCUAUAUCUGAUCGAACUUGAGGAAGCGAUAAAGCUACACAUUCGAAGACAAAAAUAAUAUUCAUCACAAGCGUCAUCAGUGCAGAGCCCUGAAAAUGGAGUCUGGAUUAUUUUGUGGCACAUUAGGAUCGAAGCUUUUGAGAUGCGCCAUCGAUGGACAUUAUUGACUGUUGUUUGGGGGUAGAAAGAGACUGAUAGGGAGGGGCCGAAAUUCUGGCCUAGAUUUGUGGGAAUGUCAGCUCACGAUCCCACCAACACGCGUCACUGCAUGAGCAAUCACCAUUGUCUUGCCAUUGAUCGAUCAGCGGAUCGCUACAUCCAUCGUCGUGCAUUAGAUCUUCUGGCCUGCUCUAGAGCCAGAUCGAUCGAGGCCACACUUAGACUAUCCCUCUCCCUGCUACCAGUGGGGUUGAAAAGUGCACUCUCUUGCUGAUCAGCUUGUUUUCUCUGGUUGUGACACCAACGACGCAUUUCUAGAUCCGAAUACUUGUAAGUUGGGUGGCACAUUGUGAUUGUUAUGCUCAGAUCUUGGCGUUUUGAGCAUUUUGGGUGUUUUGAGAACUUGAUUAGCCAUUUUUGUGGGUGUUCGGCGUUUGGUGUUAAAGGGUUAAUUGGUGGACCGAUCGGAGAGCUUGAAGGAUGGUGCUCUUUAAAGUUGUGAAGCAGGAGACUAAGGCGAUCGAUGGCCAAAAGCCUGGUACCUCUGGUUUGCGUAAGAAGGUGACAGUGUUUAAGCAGGACCAUUACCUUGCCAACUUUGUGCAAGCCACCUUCGAUGCCCUUCCUUCUGACAAAGUGAAAGGUUCCAACAUAGUCGUGUCUGGUGAUGGCCGUUACUGGUCAACGGAAGCUAUCCAGAUCAUCAUCAAAAUUGCCGCAGCUAAUGGCGUAAAGAGGGUCUGGGUGGGGCAGAACACUCUUCUUUCCACCCCUGCCGUGUCUGCAAUCAUCCGAGAGCGAGUGAAUAGUCAUGGUGAAAAGGCGUACGGUGCAUUCAUUCUGACCGCCAGCCACAACCCCGGUGGUCCCGACGAGGACUUUGGAAUCAAGUACAAUUGUGAAAACGGAGGCCCAGCUCCUGAAAGCUUGACCAAUAAAAUCUACGAAAACACCAAGAAAAUCACGGCAUAUCAUACCGCAGAUGGCAUCCCAAACGUUGACGUCACCAAGAUUGGUGUUACCAGUUUUGAGGGACCUGAUGGCACCUUUGAUGUAGAGGUGUUCGACUCAACUGAGGACUAUGUGAAGUUGAUGAAGACUAUUUUCGACUUCACAGCGAUCAAGGAUUUGAUUACCAACCCCAAGUUCAGCUUCUGUUAUGAUGCACUGCAUGGCGUUGCUGGUGUGUAUGCUAAGAAGAUUUUCUUGGAGGAAUUGGGAGCGAAGGAAAGCUCACUGUUGAAUUGCGAACCCAAGGAAGACUUCGGUGGAGGUCACCCUGAUCCCAAUUUGACCUACGCUAAGGAACUCGUGCAAGUUAUGGGAUUGGGCAAGACUCAACCUGACGAGAUUCCGGAAUUCGGUGCCGCUGCUGAUGGUGAUGCUGACCGAAACAUGAUUUUGGGCAAGAAGUUCUUUGUGACUCCAUCAGACUCUGUAGCUAUCAUUGCUGCUAAUGCUGUUGGGGCUAUCCCCUAUUUCAGUGGUGGUCUGAAAGGAGUUGCAAGGAGUAUGCCUACUUCAGCUGCCCUGGAUGUGGUGGCUAAGAAGUUGAACCUGGAGUUUUUCGAGGUACCAACAGGAUGGAAGUUCUUUGGUAACCUCAUGGACGCAGGCAUGUGCUCGGUGUGCGGUGAAGAGAGUUUUGGAACAGGUUCUGACCACAUUAGAGAGAAGGAUGGAAUUUGGGCCGUUUUGGCAUGGCUCUCUAUCCUUGCUCACAGGAACAAGCAGGCUGGUGGUGACAAGCUUGUGACAGUGGAAGAGAUUGUCACUGAACACUGGAACACUUAUGGUCGUCAUUAUUAUACACGUUACGACUAUGAGAAUGUGGACUCCGAUGAUGCAAAGAAACUCAUGGCUCAUCUUGUUGAUCUCCAAUCAAAGCUUGGCGAUGUGAACAACUUGAUCAAGGAGAUUAGACCUGAUGUUGCCGAGGUUCAAGAAGCUGACGAGUUUGAGUAUAAGGAUCCAGUUGACCAGUCCAUAUCCAGCCACCAGGGUAUCCGCUACCUGUUCAAGGAUGGUUCUCGGCUGGUGUUCCGUCUCUCUGGAACUGGUUCAGUGGGCGCUACGAUUCGUCUGUACAUUGAGCAAUACGAAGCUGAUCCUGCCAAGAUAUUCGAACCCUCUGCCGAGGCGUUGGCACCUCUUGUGGAGGUAGCUUUAAAGCUUUCGAAAAUGGAGGAGUUCACAGGCCGCUCGGAGCCUACAGUCAUCACUUAAAUAUUAUGCUAAUGGCAAGCAGAGGAAAGCGAGGCAGAAAAUGGCUUAUGCAGCUGGCAACAUCUUGCAUUGUUCACCAGCAGCAUCAGCCUGAAUUCAACUACAUUCAUAUUUGGAAGGAGUUUAGCUAUGGCCAACAGUUUAGAUGUUUACAUGGAUAUGUAUGGCCGGAAAGUGCAAAAAUUGUAGCCAACUGUGCCGAACCGAUUUCUUAACGUUGUAUUUAUUUUUAAUUUAAGAACGUGAUCACAGUAAUGCGCUCCAGUAUUACUUGGCAUUUUCUAUGUUGACAUUUA